AUGCUUCCCAAUACGCUGCGAUUCACCACUCUACUCGGCUACAGCUUGUUGGUUUCCACCCUUGCGACUAUCGAGCAAGACUUCAGUAGCCUACCGCAAUGCUCUGUCCAGUGCCUGACAACAUCUCUUGGGUCGAGCGGCUCCCCGUGUGCCCCGACCGACUUUGCCUGUCUUUGCAAGAACAAAAAAUUUCUCGCCGCUAGUGAUUCCUGCAAUAAAUCCUCGUGCUCGGGUAAAGAUGCAAAGGCUGCCAAAACCUGGGGAGAAAAGGCUUGUCAAGGAGUAGGUGUCAAGAUUGCCGCAUGA